AUGAGUGCGGCUAAAAUGGUCGCAGACUCCACUCAGUCCGAGCUGGCAGACGCGCUAGACGGCAAGAAGAGAAAAAAGAAAAUGAAAAAAACAGGCAAAAGAGUUGCCCUUCCAGAGGACGAAGAUUCUGACCUGGACCUGAAGAAAGACCUGAAACCGAUCAGUGCCUACGUCAAGGACAGACCGGGGAUGAUCGAGGAGAUGUUCCGAGCGGUACGAGGGGCCAGCCUACAGAGAGCCUUGCCGGAUCUACUCAAG